AAGUGAGUGCAUUCUCUCCCACUCAGGCACCUGUAUGUAAACCUGCCAUUGUUUAUUAGUAGGAGCACAAAGCAGGAGUAGUUUGUCAGCUGUUUUAUAUUGGAUUUAUGAAUGGAAUUUGUUUAUGUACAUGUAUCUAUCUCAUAUGUGAAGAUGCUUGCCUAUUGCGUCCUUUUCUUUGCAUUAGUGACCAUCACCUGGGGUCAGAACGAGAUCAUCACGGAAUGGACCGUAGAACAGUUCCCUAAUCCCAUGACACAGCCAGAAAAGUGUGGAGGAAUAAGGGGGCGGCCAUCUUAUAUUUGUGACCCAAAUAGUAUACUGACCUCUUCUUUUGCUGAACUUGAUCAUGCUUUGAACCAGACCUUCAUGGACACACAAUGUAUAUGCAGCGCCUAUAAAUGUCGUGAUCUGAAUUAUCGCCAUGGAGUUCACAUUUCUGUUGCCGUUCUGGCUAACCUCAAGUUAACCCAAGGGAGGACAUCAGCUUUACCGGAGGUGGAACAUUUUGCCCUGAAUUUGGAGAGCAAGCAUUGGAACUUUGGAGCUUGUGAUAAUGACAUUGUCAUUGUGUACUCCGCGGGAGAUAAUGUGAUAUACACCGCCACAGGAAGUGCUGCAAAUUACAUUUUAGAUACACAGAAAAUCAAGGACAUUACUAGUGCAAAUGGAAUUUACUUCAGGAACAAGAAUCCGAUGGCUGGUCUUUAUGCCAUGAUCAUGGAUUAUAGGAGUGUGUUUCAGGGAGGAUACCAAUCAUAUGCAUUGUACCAAGAAAGUCAAAAUGUCAGAGGAUUAGCUCACAUGGUUACAGCAUCAACUUCCUGUUUGCUGGUUGCCAUAGUUACAUAUUUAUACAACAAACUCUGAUUUUCACAGUCAGUAGAAGAAAAAAUAUCAGUUCCAUUUUGUGUCUUGACUGCAAAAGAACUAAAUUAUUGAUUUCAUUUUGAUGAAUUAGUCUUAAAUUAAUAACAUUUAAAAUAGAAACUUGAAAGUAUGAAUUUGAAUUAUUUCAGAUCUGAUUUACUAAAAUAUUGCAUAUACAAUAUAUAUUUCAUGAAUCCAGAGCUACAGUUUCCUUCAGAAAAACACAAGACAGUACAACUUCAGUGUUUUGUUUAUUUCUUUUUGACAUGUACAUCUUGUAUAUCAUUAUCAAAGAAAGACCUCUGUGACAAUGUUUUUGGAAAAUGAAAAUUCUGAACAGAAAAAAAUUAGGAAUUUAUAGGGAAAAGCUUUACCCCGUUACAAUUUUUUUUAAACUUUCUUAGCUGUAAAUGUUGAUGCAGAUGUAAUUUUAGGUUUUCAAUUUCAAAUUGUGCUUUUGUCACAUCUGAGGAGGUCAAUUUUGGCCGUCUUCUUAACAAUCUUUCUAGUGCAUCAGUGUGUCCUGAAUUUAACUCGUGAACAUAAUUUUUUUCUGAUUUUACAGAUUUAUAAUGCCAUUGAAAAUGAUAGCAUUUGUUAAUCUUUAAAAGGUAACAAAAAGUUUCUUUUCUUAUUUAAGCAUUGAGAUAUGUGUGUUGUGAAUAUACAUCAUGUAUUAUCAAGUAUUACCUCUUUUCAAAAAAAAAAUGUUUUGUUUUGAUCAAAGAGUUUAUGUCAAAAGAUCUGAUUUUUUGAUGCUAAAAAUGUUCUUUUUAUAUUUUUUUUGUCAUCUGUACAAACCAAUUUAAUAAAUAUAUAUUGUCUGUUUACUGUGCUUCAACAUUUUUAUCUGCUUUUUUAUACACUCCAAAUUUGUAAAGGUUAUGUUUUAGAUCAGUAAUAUAUUUUUUUUUUUCAUGUUAAACCCAUAGGAGCAUUCUUAUUGGUUAAUCUAGCAUGUUUUGGUAUACAUGUACAUUCGGUCUUGUUAUGUGUCAGAGUGAAUGCUUUACUGUUAAUCAAUUUUCCACUAUAAUUUCACUCUUUGACAAUUUGUUAUUUGUGACACUAUUCCUCUGAGGUUUAAAUAUGAAUCAUUUGUUACUUUCAAUAAAUCUUUGCAAAUUUACUGUCCACAAAAUUGAUGCAGGUUAAUGACAGCUAUAGGAAGGUGGUUUUCAGUAAGAGUGUGGGUCUGUGAGAAUGUGGAUUUAUUUGUGAUGUAUUUAAAUGUUUAUUUAUGAUGAUCAAAUGGUGCUUUCUAAUAUAAUGAAUUGUGUGUUUUUAUAACUUUAUACAGGGUUAAUGUGUAAGAAUAUAUAUUGUGAUUGUUUGUUAUGGAAUAUUAUUGUUUUUAAUUAAAAUGUUUCUGUUAAUGAAAAGUAGUGUUUUACAUUGUUUUGAAUGCCAAAAAAAAUUAUAGAAAUGCUAGGAAAAUGUUGUUCACAUAAAGUCACAACGGUUUUCUUUUUUUUUUUUAUCUACAGUGAAACCUGUGUAGUUCAUAUACUGUCUGUUCUAAAAUCUUGUAUAAUAUGACUUCCAGACCCAUUAAAUUCAGUUAGUAUAAUUUAGAAUUUAGUCUUACCUGGCCAAUUUCUUUGGAACCAGUGAAGUCAAGUUUCAUUGUAUUUCUUAUGUUACCAGAAUGUUGUUAAAAUAAGUUUAGAUUUUCAUUGUUAUUAAUGAACAUCAAUAUAACUUUGUUUUGUAUUGUUUUUAUCACUAAUUGAAAUAAAUCGACCUCUGUAUACACUUUUUGUUUGCUAUAUUUUGAGCUUAUUACAGUGUAGAGAUUGUCAUUUGAGAUGUCUUUUAAGGUUGUAAAAUAGCUAAAUACUUGUGUUCUUGUAGCUUUAUUAAGAGAAACCUUCUGGUAGCUAACAACGAAUAAAUGUGUGCUUGUGUUGGUGUUUUUACAUAGAUAUUUUGAUCAGUUAAAGUGAAUUGUCUUAGAAUAUUUUUCGCAGUUACUGAGGUUUUUGAUUAAUAUUUUAGACGAAGGUGUAAAUGAAAGCUGUUUGAAAAUCAGUCCACACCUUUUAUCAUAAAUGUAUAUUAAUGCUUCCAUGUAAAUAUUUAUAUUUUAUCAAACAUGAUUAACCUGUCCAGAAAUACUCAGUAUAGGGGUAUGUCUAUUCCCUUAAUAUAUCAUUUUUUAUGGAUUUUAAAUUUAGAAGGUUAGUUUAUAUUUGUAGAAAAGUAAUAUUUUUCUUUAUUUUACUUGUUUUUAAUUUUUAUUCAAAACUGUAUUUUCUGAAAGCUGAUUUUUAGUUUAAAGAAAUGUUAUAAAAGAUAGAAUUUAAUAAUGAUAAUAAUUAAAUAAAAUCUGAUUUAAUUAAACCAUAUAAAAGAUUCCACCUAUUUCUUGUUUCCUGCUAUCCCAGUGAAAUUUUGAGGCAUUAAUUUUUGUUGUUGAUUCGUCAGCUUCCUUCAUGCAAGGUAUUUAAAUCAGUAUCCACAGCAAGUAUGUACAUAAUUGUAGAAAUUAUAUUUUAUCAUAUUGAGAACAUAAAUUAAUGCUUCUAGUAUGUACAUUGGGUAUGAGGUUUUACGAUAACCAUUUUACAUUACAUGGAAAAUAUAACUAAAUGAUUCUGUGUUUUUUUUCCACUUCAAAUUUAUUAACUGUAAAAAUCAUUAAGAUAAUUUUUUUUCCCACAAAGUAGGAUUGUUUAUGCUUUAGUUAUUAUCUUGAAUGUAUGUAGUCACUGGUCUAUAUGAAAUAAAAUAUUUUGUAUACAACA